GCUAGUCUCAAUCGUUCCAGUAGAUGUGUAGCCCGAACAUGAAAAUCGUGCUUUCUCUUCUAGUCCUUCUGGGACUCUACUUCUUUUCGGAUGCACUCGACCUGUACAGACACAGGUCUCAUGAGAAAAGAUACUACCGUGGCUACAAGGUCUUGAGACUCUACCCUUCUAAUAGUGAACAGCUACGACUACUACACGACCUAGCUGAGAGUGAGAACUCUGAGCUUGACUUCUGGUUACCACCUUCUUCUGUCAGUCGACCUGUUGACGUCAUGAUUCCUCCUGAGCGUUUCCACCAGAUAAAGCACCUCCUGACUGCAAACCACAUCCAACAAGAGAUAUUGGUUGAAGAUGUUGAUAAAGCUAUUGAGAAUGAAAAGACACCAGCUCCAUAUUCUGAACUUCGCAGCACAUCAAGUGUAUUCUUCACGAAAUAUCAACGCAUUAAUGACAUACACAACUACCUGGAAAACCUGGCUGCUGAAAACUCGCCAAUUGCUUCAAUCUUAUCAAUUGGAAAGUCUUACGAGGAACGUGACCUAAAGGCCAUCAAGAUCAGUAAAGAAACUUCAAACGACAAACCUAUAAUCUGGAUCGAUGCUGGGAUUCAUGCUAGGGAAUGGAUCUCAAUAGCUACAGCCGUAUAUAUAGCUAAAGAGUUGAUUCAAAAUUACAACAGUGAUCCUGACAUCAAGAGUCUGGUUGAUACAUUUGAGUGGUAUAUUUUACCAUCUGUUAACCCUGACGGUUAUGAGUACAGCCAUGAUUAUAAUCGAAUGUGGCGUAAGACACGUUCAGUGGGUACAUCAGUGUGGGGAUGUAUAGGUGUGGAUGCUAACAGAAACUUUGGAUUCAAGUGGAACCAGGGAGGAGCUAGCAGUAACCCAUGUUCUGACUUAUACGCUGGACCUAAAGCUUUCUCGGAACCUGAAACUAAGGCCAUUUCAGAGUUUAUUUUGGCAAGGAAGAACCAGGUGAAGCUGUACAUCGCCACACAUUCUUAUUCACAGCUAUGGCUGACGCCCUGGGGCUGGACAUCUAAACUCCCUGACGAUUACGACGAUCAGUACAACCUGGCUAAUAUUGCUGUCAAGGCCCUGAAUUCUGUCCACGGAACAAAGUACCAAAUAGGUUCUUCUACAAACCUUCUGUAUAUUGCUGCAGGAGGAGCUGAUGACUGGGCUUAUGGUGUUGCUGGAAUUAAGUAUGCUUAUACUCCUGAACUAAGAGACACGGGAAGAUAUGGCUUCGUUCUUCCUGCUAGCCAAAUAAUUCCAUCAGGAGAAGAAACCUUUGCUGCUGUAAAAGCUAUGGCACUUGCAUUGAAAAAUGAACUGUCACGUGGUUUGAUAUAAAAUAUUUUGAUUAGAAUUUUUCUGAACAUAUUUGUUUUCUGUAACUUUUUUUUAAAUAUAAUCACCUGCUGGUUGUAGCUUUGACAAAAGUAAAAUAAAAUGUCACAUUGAA